AUGGAGACCCCUCAGGACAAACUGGUGCCCCAGAGACGGCUGUUUUCGUUCCUUCUCUGGGACAAGACCGUUCCCCCGUUGCCUUCCGAUGAACAGCGUAAACAGUAUCCGUUUAGAAACACCACCGUUUUGAACAAUCUUUUUUUCACGUGGGUUCUUCCCUUGUUACAAGUUGGGUACAAACGAACGUUGGAGCCAGAAGAUUUGUUUGCCGUUCGAGAAGGCUCUAAUUUGGACAUUGAGGUCACUGCUGACCGAUUCAUGAAGAAUUUUACUCUGCGCAGAAACAGAAUCGAGGCCAGCUAUUUAAAACGAAAGUCUCUUGCGGAUACUAAGGAGACAAGAAGAGCAUUGAAAGACGACCCUGAUUUUUCGUAUCCACAGACGAUUGUGCCCGGAGCCAUUUUUGCCACGUUCAAGAAAGAGCUGUUGUUGUCGCUCGCGUACAAGCUCGUGGCCGAUGUGGCUAUGGGACUCAACCCACUGCUACUUCGAGCACUUAUCUCGUAUGUUCAUAGAAAAGUGGAAGGAUUGCCCGUGGAUAACUCUGGAUACGGAUAUGCGGGUGGAAUUUCGGGCAUUAUCCUUGUUAUGGGCAUUGGAACCGCACAUUACUUCCACGACUCUGCAUUCGUGGGUUGUGAAGUGAAAGGACUGCUCACCAAAGUUUUACUGGAUAAAUCGUUCCGUCUAGACAGAGCAUCCCGGUCGGUGUUCACCCCGUCCGACAUCACGUCGAUGCUGGGAACAGACCUGUCGCGUAUUGACCUUGCAACGGGUUUCUUUGCCUAUGUUAUCUCGCUGCCUGUCGGCGUGGCUAUCACUAUUGUUUUGCUUGCAGUUUAUCUUGGCGGUCCCUCGAUCGGCGGUGUCGGCUUUUUAAUUCUUGUUCUAUGCGGAAUCGCGUAUUGUACGCGCCCCCUGAUGAAAUUGCGCCGUGGUGUCAACGUCUAUACCGACUCCAGAGUCAAAUACAUGAAGGAACUGCUCAACAGCAUGAAAAUCAUAAAAUACUACUCUUGGGAGCAGGCCUAUUUGGACCUGGUUUCCAAGAUCAGAGGCCAAGAAAUGGGAUACAUGCUGAAAAUCCAGUUUCUGAGAAAUACUAUAACCGCCAUCUCGGUGUCGUUGCCUAGUAUCGGAUCCAUGAUUGGGUUUCUGGCCAUUUACGGCUAUCAUGGUGGAAGUUUGAGCAGUGCAGCUAAUGUCUUCUCGUCUCUGGCUCUGUUCAACAUUCUUGUUUCGCAUGUCGCCUUCUUGCCAAUCGCCUUGAGUACCAUGUCCGACGCGUACGUUGCGUUCAGGCGUGUGCAGGACUAUCUGCUCGCGGACGAAGAAACUGCUGACCCAGAAUACCACCGUGUCGACAAGGCUCCAGAAGCUGUCACUGUGGACAACGCUCUGUUUUCCUGGGAAGACAGCGUUACUAACAUCGCAGACUCUGGCAGUAUCGAUAAGGAGUCCCCCGUGGAGUACGAGAAGAAACUUGAGUCGAGCUCAUCUCUUUCCGACCAGCCAGUGGCCGGUCUGGGACCACUGGCGUUUUCGCUGCAUCACUCCGAGUUCGUGGUGGUUACUGGGCCUAUUGGGUCUGGAAAGUCGUCGCUACUCUGUGCUCUGAGUGGUGUCAUGCCGAGACUAAGCGGAUCCGUCACUGUUGCCGGUAAAUUGCUGCUCUGUGCACAACCGUGGAUCCAGAACGCUACGGUCAAGGACAAUAUAGUGUUUGGUAGCGACUUGGACGAGCAAUUGUACGACGAGGUUGUGUUCUGUUGCGGACUGGAGAGCGACUUUGACAUGCUGCCGGCUGGCGACAUGACGGAGAUUGGAGAGCGUGGAGUCAAUCUCUCUGGAGGCCAAAAAGCGAGAAUCAAUCUUGCUCGCGCAGUUUACACGGUGGUCAGCAAUAACAACAAUAUCAUUUUGUUGGACGAUGUGUUGAGUGCCGUCGACGCUAAAGUUGGCCGUCAUAUCAUGAACAACUGUAUUUUGGGCAUUCUGAAGGAGAAAACCAGGGUGUUAGCGACACAUCAAUUGUCGUUGAUUCAAGCUGCCGACCGGAUUAUCUUUAUGAAUCCAGACGGAUCUGUCGAUAUUGACGAGCCGGAAAAACUACUGGCAAAGAACGUGCAGUUUGAAAGACUCAUGGAGUUCCAGCAGGAAGGCGUGAAAGAGGACGAGGAGGACGAACAGCACGAAGAAGAGGACGAAGAGCAGCAGGAACUCAAACUGAUCCGCAAACAAACCACCCAACGGGAGUACGAAAAAGAACGUGGAAAAUUGAUUGAGAAAGAACAGCGUCAGAAAGAUGCCAUUCCGAUGAGGCUCGUUCGCGAGUACUUCCAGUCCGGUAGCGGAAAACUGGGGCUUUCUGGAAUGAUUCCGCUAAUUCUCGUGAGUAUGGCGUGCUCUACGUUCUGUAUGUUGUUCCAAAACGUGUGGCUAUCCUUCUGGACCACCAAGAAGUUUCCUCACCGGUCUGAUGGGUUCUACAUUGGAAUCUACGUCAUGUUUGCGAUAAUGUACGUCGUUUGUACUGCCUGGCAGUUCUGCACGAUUGUGUAUGUGACAAAUCACGCGUCUGCGCGGAUGAACCUGCGUGCGUUGGAGAAAGUUCUGCGUGCUCCAAUGUCUUUCUUUGACACCAGUCCUAUGGGCCGGAUCCUCAACAGAUUCACCAAGGACACAGACGUGUUGGACAACGAAAUCUCGGAACAGUUCCGGUUGAUCUGUUUCGGUAUGUCCAACAUGAUCGGUAUCUACAUCAUGUGCAUCAUCUACAUGCCGUACUUUGCGAUCUGUGUUCCGUUUAUUUUUCUGGCCAUGGCCAUGCUGUUUUCGUUCUACCAAGCGUCUGCGCGCGAGGUGAAGCGGAUCGAAGGUGUGCAGAGGUCUUUGGUGUACUCGAACUUUGACGAGGUGUUGCAAGGAAACGAAACCAUUCGUCUUUACGACUGUGUGGACCGGUACCUGCGCAAAAACAUAAAAUUGAUCAACUCCAUGAACGAGUCGUACUUCCUGACCGACUCUUUGCAAAGAUGGUUGGCCAUUUCGCUGCACGGAUGUGCCGUGUUCAUCAACCUGCUCAUCUCCAUGAUGUGUGUGGGCCGUGUGUUCAAGAUCAGUGCCGCAGGCUCAGGUCUGAUCAUCUCGUACCUGGUGAGUGUGAGUAUGCAAUUGAUCACCACGUCGCGGUCUAUGGGCCAGCUGGAACAGAAUAUGAACAGUGUGGAGCGUGUUGGUGAAUAUGCCAUCGAUAUGCCACAAGAAGCCCCAGCAUUCAGUUCAGAGCCAAGCAAGAAACCGCCAGCUUCGUGGCCUGAAAAGGGAGCCAUCAAGUUUGACCACGUUAACUUGAGAUACCGGCCACUCUUGCCGCUUGUUUUGCGGGACCUCACAAUCGAGAUCCAGCCGUCGGAGAAGAUCGGUAUCUGUGGCCGUACGGGAGCAGGAAAGUCCACCAUCAUGACGGCCUUGUACCGACUUAGCGAGCCGGAGGGCGCGAUUGAGAUCGAUGGAGUGAAUAUCCAGGAGAUCGGGUUGCACGAGCUGCGGUCGAAGCUGUCGAUCAUCCCGCAGGACCCUGUGUUGUUCCGGGGAACCGUGCGUCUGAACCUGGACCCUUUCUCGCAGCUUUCUGACGACGUGUUGUACGACGCUCUGGUGAAGAGUGGAUGCAUUUUGCCCGAGGAAUUGGCUGCCGUGAAGCAGGAAACCGGUGCGUUGCACAAGUUCCAUUUGGAUUCGCUUGUAGAGGACAACGGGGCCAACUACUCGCUGGGCCAGCGGCAGAUCCUUGCGCUCACGAGGGCCAUUGUGCGCGACAGCAAGAUUCUGAUUCUGGACGAGGCCACCUCGAGCGUCGACUACGAGACUGACUUCAAGGUGCAGACGACGAUCGCACGGGAGUUUGCGCACUGCACGAUUCUGUGCAUUGCUCACCGUCUCAAGACGAUCAUCAACUACGACCGGAUUCUUGUCAUGGACAAGGGAGAGGUUUCCGAGUUUGGGCCGCCACUGGAGCUAUUCCAUGCGAACGGUAUCUUCCGGUCUAUGUGCGACAAGAGCGGUAUUAGCGAAUCCGAGAUCGAACAGGCCCUUCGGGCCAAAUAG